AAAACGAGGCACCUCGACAGGCCACCACAACAAGAAUGAACCAGGUUCAGAGUGAUUUAGUAACAUCUGCAGUGACCGCAAAAACAACAACAACAGCAACAGCCAUCAAACAAUCGAGCGACGUCAACGUCGUCGGUACCAACGGUAAAACCACAACGGCCAACGUCAACAAUAACAGUAUCAAUAGUACUCGCGCCUCGAAAGCAACCACAAUCAACAAUAACAACCUGAACAGCAAGAACAAGAACUCGGACAAUUUGAGUCACGUGAACUGCGGGAACAGUGUAAUUCAUAUGACAAACGUCAGUGUACCACAGAAGCUUUUGGUCCCGAAUGGGAAAUCGCAAGCACCGGCAGCGCCCUCUGCACCGGAUGCACGGGCAAAACAGGUCCUAAAGGAGGCUGUCGAUGCCGUUGUAAAUAGUUUUGCCAAACAUACCCAAGGAUACGGUAGAGUAAAUGUCGUUGAAGCACUGCAAGAAUUUUGGCAAAUGAAAGCCGCACGGGGAGCGGAGCUUAAAAAUGGCGCACUAGUGAUAUACGAAUCCAUCCCAUCAACGAGUCAACCCUACGUCUGCUAUGUAACAUUGCCAGGAGGCAGCUGUUUUGGAAGUUUUCAAAAUUGUCCAACAAAAGCAGAGGCUCGACGGAGUUCCGCAAAGAUUGCCUUGAUGAAUUCUGUAUUCAAUGAACAUCCGUCCCGCAGAAUCAGUGAUGACUUUAUUGAAAAGGCAGUGCAGGAAGCACGGGCAUCGUUUAAAGGAGAGAAUCCCGAAGAAGAUGGACCGGAUACAGGAAUCGGAGCCUUCAGAUUCAUGUUGGAAACCAACAAAGGUCGCACGAUGCUUGAGUUCCAGGAACUGAUGACCGUCUUCCAGCUGCUCCAUUGGAACGGAUCUCUGAAGGCCAUGCGCGAGAGACAAUGCUCCCGGCAGGAGGUGGUCGCACACUACUCCAACCGAUCACUGGACGACGAAAUGCGACAGCAAAUGGCUCUGGAUUGGAUAGAACGAGAACACGAAAACCCCGGAUUGCUCAGUAGGGAACUGGCGAUUGCCGAAAGAGAACUAGAGACUGCCCGGCUGGCUGGAAGAGAGCUACGGUUCCCGAAGGAGAAGAAGGAUAUCCUCCAAAUGGCGCACAACCAACUCAAUGGUGGCAGCAAUAUCAAUAGUUGAACUAUGCUUUCCGUAAUUACAUAACGUUAGGUGGUGAAAAUUCUCGAUU